UCAGUCAGGGAGGAGAAGCUGAUAAUAUACACAGAUGGUUCUAAGGAUCCAGAGAGUGGGAAAGCAGGAUUUGGGGUGUAGGUAGAUCAGUUAAAACUCAAGUUUGAUCAGCGUAUCUCAGAUGGAAGUUCUAUUUUUACUGCAGAAUUACUGGCAAUUCUCUGGGCUCUGAGGUGGACUGAGGAAGAAAGACCAAAAUCAGUUCUGAUUUGCUCGGACUCAGCAGCAGCUCUAAUGGCUAUAAGAGGAGGUAUAUCGAAAGCUCGGCCGGAUCUUGUUAAAAAAUUAUUGUAUGUAUUGUUUCGAGUAGAAAAGAAUGGGUGUGAAGUCAUGUUUUGUUGGGUUCCUGGACAUGCUGGAGUUGAGGGAAAUGAAAUCACCGAUUCUAUAGCAAAGGCAACCCUGCAGAAAGAAGUAGUAGACUUUAAUAUAUCUCCAGGAAGAGUGGAACUGAGAGAGAAAAUCAAAGAGGGUGUGGAAAAGGAAAGGCAGGAACUGUGGGAAAAGGAGACUAAAGGAAGGUAUUAUUUUUCUUUACAGCCUUUGGUUAGAAAAAUUAGUUAUAGCUCUGGAACUCGAAGUGAAUCUGUUAAAAUCUGCAGACUGAGGCUUGGGCAUUGUGGAUUAAAUCAUUAUGUGCAUAUUAUGGGGCAGCAUCCUGAUGGACUAUGUGAAUGUGGGCGAUCAGAAACAAUUAAACAUGUUUUUAUGGAAUGUCAGAUGUAUAGAAUAGAGAGGAGGUCUUUCUAUAAGAAGCUGGCAGAACUGGGUGUGGACACAUUUUCUAUUAAAGCUAUUUUUGGCCAGGGUGAGAACCGCCAGAUGAUAACAAAAGCAGCCUUACAGUUCCUGCGUGAAGCAGGGCUGUAUAUGAAGAUUUAAAUAGACUCUGUCCAGUGGAGGGCAGUGAUACGCCAAGUAGCGUCAAAACUGCCGGAAAUCGAGAAGAAGAAGAAGAAGAAGAAGAAGAAGAAGAAGUCAUUACAAUGCGCAUGAGCACUGGACUGGAAUCGGAAAGGUGGCGGCAAGAUCGGGCGUGUUCAGAGAGUUGGACAGGUCUUAGUCAUUGUGCAGUUACUGCGACCAAAGCAAACAGUAGUAACUGCUCGCUUUACGGCAUUUAGACAACUUCAAAGUGUUUGACAGUUUACCGAAGCUACGAGGAGUUUUUAUAAAGUGCGCAGUUAGCACAACGGUAACGUUAGUUAGGUGACGAAUGCUGCUGCUGCUGGUCGAAGCUAGGAGACAAUAAUGCCUUCACUAACUCUGAACGGAGUGACAGUGAAUUUCCCCUUUCCUCCAUAUGACUGUCAGAAGGACUACAUGAGCAAAGUGAUUGAGUGUCUUCAGAAGUCACAGAAUGGGGUCCUGGAGAGUCCUACAGGUACUGGUAAAACCCUCUGCCUCUUGUGUGCCACCCUUGCCUGGAGAGAACACCUCAAGGACACCAUCUCUGCCCACAAGAUAGCAGAGAGGCUAGGUGGAGAGGAGAUGUUCCAAAACAGACCCCUGUCAUCCUGGGGAACAACUGCUACAGACAGUGACGCGCUAACCCACUACACCGAUCUUCCCAAGAUCAUCUACGCAUCCAGGACACACUCUCAACUCGCACAGGUCAUCAGUGAGUUAAAGAACACCUCAUACAGGCCAAAGGUGUGUGUGCUGGGAUCCAGGGAGCAGCUGUGUAUCAACCCGGAAGUGAUGCGUCAGGAGAGCAACCAUGUUAAGGUUCAUAUGUGCAGAGCAAAAGUUUCCACCAGGUCAUGUGUCUACUACAACAACACUGAAGAGAAGAGCACUGACAGAGACUUGGUGAAUUCUAUCCUCGACGUGGAAGACUUGGUCAAAUUUGGCAACAAACAGAGGGUCUGUCCUUACUACCUCUCCCGUUCCUUGAAGCAGCAAGCAGAUGUCAUUUUUAUGCCAUACAACUACCUGCUGGAUCCGAAGAGCCGCAGAGCGCACAAUAUUGAGCUAAACAGAGCUGUGGUCAUCUUUGAUGAAGCUCACAAUGUGGAGAAGACAUGUGAAGAAUCAACAUCAUUUGACCUAACUCCCUACGACCUAGCCUCAGCCAUUAAUGCUGUGGACAGGUUGCUGGUGGAGCAGACUAAAGGAGCCAUUCAUGGAGACUCUAUCAAUGAAGACUUGAAUGUAGAAUCCCUCAACUCAGGUUUAAAUGUGGCCACAAUUGCUAAAAUCAAACAGAUACUGCUGGAUCUGGAAGCUGCCAUCGAUUCCUAUGAUGUUCCAAGUGAAAAGGGCAUCACUAAACCUGGAAUUUUUAUCUAUGAGCUGUUAGAGAGAGCCCACCUGACUUACAACAGCAAGACGGCAGUCUGUGAAGCUCUGGAGCAGAUCACUGGAUACUUAGUAGGACGGCAAGGAAUAUUCCUGAACACAAGUGGACUGCAGAAGCUGGCUAAUCUUACACAGCUGGUGUUCUGUGGUGAGCCAUCAGAGAAGGACAGACCGCAGCAGAUGCAGUCCAACACGGCUUAUUUUAAGGUUCAUAUCCACAGAGAUACCAGCUAUCAGAAGAAAACCCAGAGCACUGAUGUGUGGGCUUCAUCUUCAUCAAAGAAACAAGGCAACAUUCUGAGUUACUGGUGCUUCUCUCCUGGCUUCAGCAUGCAGGAUCUGGUGAAUCAAGGUGUUAGCUGCAUCAUUCUGACCAGUGGUACUCUCUCUCCCCUGACCUCAUUCACCUCUGAGAUGAGGAUAAAGUUUCCAGUGAGUCUGGAGAACAGUCAUGUGAUUGAGCGAGACCAGAUCUUUGUUGCCGUCAUUGAACAGGGCCCAGAUGGAGUGCCAUUGAGUUCAGCGUUUGAUCGAAGGUUUCUUCCUGAAAACAUGGCAUCUUUAGGAAACACUGUUGCCAACCUGACCCGUGUGGUUCCUCAUGGUCUCUUAGUAUUUUUUCCUUCCUUCCCUUUAAUGGAAAAAACCCUGGACUUCUGGAGAGCUAAUGGGCAUGCAGAUCGCAUUGAGAGCAUAAAGCCCAUGUUUGUAGAGCCCAAAGGAAAGGGCAUCUUUACUGAGGUUAUUGAUGGAUAUUACAACAAAAUCAAUGACCCAUCAUCCAAAGGAGGAAGUUUCUUUGCUGUGUGUCGAGGGAAGGCGAGCGAGGGCCUGGAUUUUGCAGACACCUUUGGUCGGGGUGUCAUCAUCACAGGCCUUCCUUUUCCUCCUCGGAUGGACCCUCGAGUCAUCCUGAAGAUGCAGUUCUUGGAUGAGAUGAGUCAGCAGAAAGCUCCUGGGCUGAAGUACCUGUCUGGGCAGGAGUGGUACAGACAGCAGGCUUUCAGAGCUGUGAACCAGGCCAUCGGUAGAGUCAUUCGCCACAAGGAGGACUAUGGAGCCAUCUUGCUGUGUGAUCAGAGGUACAUCUGAUCCAGCCUGAUUAAGUGCAAACCAAUAAAGAGGGUGGCAGGAACAGGAACCUUGGCUUACUUCAUUUAUUGAUGAGUAGUUAUUACUUUUCAGAUUUUUUUUUUUUUUUUUUUUACAUCAAAUAGCAUAAUUAGUUUAUAAAUAAAGAUUAAACUUUCAGUGGUUACCAGACUUAUUUUUAUUAAAGUAAUUUGUAAUUACAUGUAUUUAAUAUACCAGUCACAUUUCAUUUUUUCAGCAAAAUGAGUACUUUUAUUUUAAUGCCAAGUAAAUUUAAUUGAUAUUCUUAUAUACUUUUUAAAUGCAUGUCUAAAUGAAUUAAUGAAGCCUACAAAACAACUUCACAUCGGUUGCUGAAGCUAGCGUGCAUGUACACAGACACACACGCACACCCACACACACACCCACACACACACACACACACACACACAGUCCAUGUCAACAUAGCUGCACACAGACAACAGUUUCUUCUCAGCGCGACACACACACACACACACACACACACACACACACACACACACACACACACACAAGCAAGCGCCAUACCGACCAUACACAGCUGAAAUGCACUGAAGUAAACUUCUACAUGUCCGUUAGCUUUAGCAGCCGAUGUGAAGUAGUUUUAGACAACAUUAUUGUUUCCAACGGCCGCCCGUUGCGACUCGCGAGCAACCGCGUGAGGGGGGGAACAGACACUGAGAUACAGUAUGAAGAUGGCGUGUUUAUCAAGCAUCAACAGUGGUGUCUUUAAAACUUCAGCAUAGAGGAUUUCUUAUUGCAACUUAGACAUUUUCUGUUGCCUUGCCUUCAAACAUCACACUGCUGCUUUACGGAGCAGUCCUCUCUCCCCUCCUCUCUCUCUGUGCCGCUGCAGCGCUGCCUGCAUCUACCUUCAGUGUUGAUUGGCUGUCACUCACUUGUGCCAUGUAGCCACUUAUCAGUGGGGGCUGUAGGCGGGACAUUUGUUACACAGCACAGAGUGGAGAUUUCAGGCAGACAGGCAGAGAGAGACGGCUGCAUGAGAGCCAAAGGAGCGCGUUUUAAUUAAAAUAAACGUAUUUUAUCGGCGGAAAAAACGGCCGAUGCCAAUUAUCAUAAAAAUGCUGAAUAUCGGCCGAUAUUAUCGGCAGUGCCGAUUAUUGGUCGAUCCCUAAUAUGAGUGGCUUCUUGCUAUGACGAACGGUGGUGGAGAAAAUCCAUAGAGAAGAACAGGUGUGAAUUUGGACGCACUUGGCGUCGUUUGGGCCCAUAGGGUUAAAAUACAUGCUAGUCCAACUGAAAUCAGACCAAAUUGAAUUUCUCAAAGUCUAGGACUGACAAACUCAGAUAAUGUGAUCUGGAGUCAAAUUACUCCUGCAUGUAGUGUAUACGUUGAAUCAGACCCAAACUGGCCUAGGCGCCGUGGGAUCAGCAUGCCCAGGGCCCCGCCCCUGGGCAUGCUAAUCCCCGGCGUCGCGGACUGGCUCUAGGGAUGUGAAAUGUCACCUCUCUGGUGGGGAAGGAGCAGGAGCUGGUGCGGGAAGUGGAGCGGUACAAACUAGAUAAAGUUGGGCUCACCACCAUGCUCAGCGCUGAUUGUGGAUCCAAACUCCUGGAGAGGGGCCGGACUCUCGCUUUUUCCGGAAUUGCUCAGGACGAGAGGUGCCGGGCGAGUGUGGGGAUACUCACAAGCCCCCAGCUGAACGCCGCUGUAUUGGAGUUCUCCCCAGAGAACGAGAGGGUCGACUUGAUGCAACUGUGGGUCACUGAUAGAAGGUCUCUUACUGUUCUUUGUGCGUACGCACCAAACAGCAUUAUGGAGUACCCAGCCUUCUUGGAGUCUCAUGGCAGUGUCCUGGAAGGGGUGCCGGCUAGGGACUCCAUAGUUCUUCUGGGGGACUUCAACUCUCACAUGGACAAUGACGGAGAAACCUGGAGGGGGUGAUUGGGAGGAACGGCCUGCCUGACCUGAACCCGAAUGGUGUUUUGUUUUUGGACUUCUGUGCAAGUCAUGGACCGGCCAUAACAAACACUAUGUUCAGAAGAAUUUCUCGUGAAUCCCGAGGAAGGCUGGGGACAUGGAAUCCGAGAGGUCCCGUUCAAAGCCACCUUUGUGGAGGCGGCUGAUAGAAGCUGUGGUCAGAACGUUGUCUGUGCCUGUCAUGGUGGCAACUGUGAGGUAGGCCGUCAGGCUGAAGAAGGAGGCCUUUCGGGUCUGGCUGGCCCAGGGGUCUCCUGAAACAGCAGACAGGUACCAGUUGGCCAGAAGUGCUGCAGCUGUUCGCUGAAGCAAAAACCCGAAUGUGGGAGGAGUUCAGAGGCUAUGGAGAAGGACUUUCAUUUGGCCUCAAGGAAGUUCUGGCAGACUGUUAGACAUCUCAGGAAGGGAAAGCAGGGCUUGUCUCAGGCUGUGCUCAGCAGACAUGGAGAUCUGCUGACCCGAACUGAGGACAUCGUUGAGCGGUGGAAGGAGUACUUUGAGCAACUCCUGAACCUGGCCGUCACAUCCACCAUGGAGGAGGCAGGUUGACACACCUUUUCAGUGUCACGUGGAUUGUCGGGUAUGGUGCCUGCUGAGUGGCAAACUGGGGUGAUUGUUCCCAUUGUCAAACAAGGGGACCGGAGGGUGUGCUCCAACUAUCGUGGUAUCACACUACUCUUGGGGAGUUUACUCCAGGGUGCUGGAAAGGAGGCUCCGACCAAUUGUCGAACCUCAGAUUCAGGAGGAGCAAUGCGGAUUCCGUCCUGGUCGUGGAACAAUGGACCAGCUCUUUACCCUUGUGAGGCUGCUAGAGGGGUUGUGGGAGUUUGCCCAUCCAGUCCACAUGUGCUUUGUGGACUUGGAGAAAGCUUAUGAAGGCGUUCCUCAGGGGGGUCUUGUGGGGGGUACUGUGGGAGUAUGGGUACCGGCUCACUGCUACGAGCCAUCCGGUCCCUGUAUGACAGAAGUGAGAGCUGUGUCCGAAUACUCGACGUAAAGUCAAACACGUUUUCGGUGGGUGUUGUCCCUUGUCACCGACUCUGUUUGUGAUAUUCAUUGACAGGAUCUCGAGGCACAGCUGGGGAGGGGAAGGGGACCGGUUUGGGGACCUCAGAAUUGCAUCUCUGCUUUUUGCAGACAAUGUGGUUUUGUUGGCUUCAUCACACCAUGACCUCCACCAUACACUGGGGCAGUUUGCAGCCGAGUGUGAAGCAGUUGGGAUGAGAGCCAGCACCUCCAAAUCUAAGGCCAUGGUUCUCUGCUGGAAACCAGUGGAUUUCCCUCUCUGGGUCGGGGGAGAGUUACAGCUUCAAGCAGGGGAGUUCAAGUAUCACAGGGUCUUGUUCAUGAGUGAGGGUAGAAAGGAGCGUAAGAUGGAUCGGCGGUUUGGUGUGGCUUCUGCAUAGUGUUGUACCGAUACUGAUGCCAGUAUCAGAAAUGCCUCCAAUAUUGCCUAAAAUGCGGCGUCAGGCAUCGGCGAGUACAGCCUAUGACCAAUCUGAUACCACGUAAUGUCUCACGUCAUUACGCAUACGCACACUAUCGUUUGAACAUUGCCAUCGCAAUGUGCGCAUGUGCGAUAGUCACAUCGCAGGACAUGCAAUGUUUUCUCUUUUUUUUAGAACAUAUUAACUUUUGUUUUGCUUCGGAAAAGCAGCUCUGUCUCUCGCGGUCUCUCCCUCUCUGACAACAGCCGCCCCUCCCCCUCUCAUGCACACGCUACAGUCACACACUGAAAAUGAGCAACAUGCAAGAUGGAGAAACGGUAAGCAAGGUUUUAUGCCUGGUACACACUACACGACUUUUCUGCCUGUUCUGAAAGUCACUAUGUCACAUUAUACGAUUGUGGAGUCAUAAAAUCGUUCCGUGACUUGGCCGACAGACAUGACACACUACACGAUGGUACACACUAAUGAUCCCCGGUCGUCUUACACGAUGUGUGUGAUGUCAUCGGGUUAUUCUUGUCCUAUUUUUAUCACUUUUACUAUUAUUUCAGUCACUGUCUGUUCAUGUGCCAGCCGAAAUGUUGUUGUAGUCACCUAAAAAGGAGCUACAUUUGAAGUACCGUACGUAAACAUAAAAGUCACUGAUUUCUCACACAGUCUUCACCCGACUUAAACACUGAAAUUAAAACAAGAAUAAAUAAAACAAAAGAGGGAGAAAUUUUUCUAUUUCAUUUUAUCACAGAGUUGCAGACUUUAAACCCUGUGUGGGUGUGGACCCUGGCAGAGUUGUAGGGGUCACAUGUGAGCUCUUUGGCCCAAUCCCAAUACCCCCCCUUGUCAACUACCCCUUAGCCCUUGGCCCUACCCCUCGCCCUUGCCCACUACCCCUUGGCCCUUGAAAUGAAGCAAUGAGGGGUAGGGGUUGAAAUCUUUCCCUAGGAAUUGGGACACCACUCACUACGUCACCGCGUCGGUUAUGCAUACAUAACCAUUUUAAACAGGAACCUGCGAGCCAUCUACAUUUCCAACCAGCAUCUACAAUGGAGUCUCCAGUUGAGUUCAUCCUACCAAUCGCAUUUGCUGUAUUCAUCAUGCUUUGUUUGAUGAACGACAGACGACAGGGGACUUCUGCUAAUCUCGAUCAGCUGAGCCCAGGUAGACCGGCCCCUACAUUAUGCCGCUCCUAGCAGUAUGGCGAGAGACGCCAGCGAGUGAGCCAGAAGUGAGUCAGAAAUGAGCCAGAAGUCCUCUGCGUAUUCGGCCUACCACGGCAUUUUACACCGCUCAAAGUCCGCGAAAGAGGUACGCUUCCCUGUGGAAUAUCAUCCAUCCGGCCACCGGCCUCAACUCAGAUUCCCCGCCACGGAUAUCAAGAGAUCCUACGGAUCCUCCACGCUCGAAACAACGCUGGAGCGUUACGGCAUUCACCUACGGUCCGUGAGUUGGCAAAAGCCGGGGGUUACUUUUCGUUUCAUUAUUCCUUAUUUGGAACCUUCGGGCCGGGUUGAUUUAUUGUUUUGAAACUGAACUGAGUCAGAGCGAACAGUGGAUUUUCUUUACUUCCUUGUUUACGAGAAAACCUAGGGUGGAGUUUUCUUUUGUUGAGCGAACUGUGUGGAUUGAACUGAAUUGAACUGUGAUAUGUUAUUUGGAAAUCCUGAAGUGGAGUUUUUUGUUUGAACAGGAUUGAACUGACUGAACGGAACGGAACAUUCAUUUCUUUUCUUUGGUGAAAAAAAUAUAUACUUUCUUGAAACUGAUUACAGUUGUAUUUGUAUUUUUGAAAAUUGAGUAUAAUUCUUUUGUUCUACAGAAACCAGUUAAAAACAAUUUAAUUUUGGUGUUAAGGGACCUGUUUUAUGGGUUUUAUGGUUUCUUUGUGGGGUUUGAGUGAGUAAAAGAAAAAUAUUUGUUUCAUGUGUCAAAUCGCUACAAAAGAUAUAGGCCUAUUUUGUUUAUUGAAGACAAGAAGAUAUUGAAUUUGUUUACAUUUUGUGCUGCUGAACCACCAAUAAGCUUUUUGGAUACUAUUUAAAUAAAAAAAUAAAAACGUAUGGGACAACUUGGAUGCAUUCUUUUUUUUUUUUUUUUUUUU